CAUUUUCACUCUGGUGAAGAGACUGUGCGCACUGAGCAGAACCCGUUUAUCCAGUCCACACUGAGCUGCCUGCUAGUGUCAAGCUCCAAGGGAUUCGAACUGAACAUCCGCAACUCAGUUAUGGAGAGCUCCAUUGAGGCUUCCCGGACUGAAGGCGCCCCAAAACCCAAACUGGCCCCCAAACCUCGGCUCACUCCCAAGCCCUUCUCUCUGCAGCAGAACACCACCAUUCGCUCCAUCCAUGCUCCAAAGACGGUCACCUCACCUUCUAAAGCAACAACACACCAGACUGGUAAAUCUGAGGCUCCAGGUGUCCCCGAAGCCACUCUGACCACCACUGCUCAGAAACCACCUCAACAGCCCGCUACUUCUGAUUCCAAACUCGGCUCUGUAAGUGUGCACACCAAAGAUCAACCAAAAACAACAGAGGAGAAGAAAACAUGUCCGCAUGGAGAGGAUACUCCUGAUUCUAGUGUAGCUCCAGGGAAAUCAGAUCCAGCUUCACAAAGUGCUCCACCCAAGAAGAUAUCCAAAUCUGAGCCAAUCCAGAAAGAAGAUGUCACCCAAAGGAACCACAAUACCUCCACAGAUGUUGUAACUAACUCAGAACAGAAAGACGAAAAAAAGAAGGAAGAUGAAACUCAGAUGCCUGUUGUCCAAAAGCUUGAAGAAUCAGGGGGUGACGAUUCUUCCACAACCAAUCCAAAAAAUCGAUGGGGCAACAGCAGGAAGCGUCUAUCCAUGGAGCUUACCUCAAAGUUUGAGUCAGGUGGUCUAUCUCUGCCCCCCCAGCCCCAUAUAACCAUCUCUACAACCACCAGCAAAGACGAUGCAAACCAGCCAGUGCCCCCCGAUCCAAAGCAGGGCCUGACAACAUCAGAGCCGCCCAGCAGAGAGAGUGACGAAGGCAAACUGAAGGAGGAAUACAGUGGAGGAGGCAGUAUAAAACGCAGAAUCAGUCUUCUGUUUGACUCGUCGUCCAGGCCAGAGGUCGUUGUGAAGAAAGAGGAGCCAGAAAUCAUAAAUGGUGCAGGAGGUGUGAAGGAGCGAAUUAAAAACUGGAGGGUGGAAACAGGUUCUGAAGGUCCGAAGAACGAGAAGAAGCCACAGGUUGUACCCCGAAUUCGCCCAAAAAGCUUUGAUCCAGUAACUGUUCCAUCAGCAGGGAAAACACCCAAAAGGCCUCCUGUCGAACUCCCUGUAACAGGGACAUCGUCCGCAGAGGCUGCGGAUCCACCCUCAAAGAUCUCCCCUGCUGAACAACCUGCAGAGAGCCCACUGGACACAUCAAAAGAUGCUCCUCCUGAAGUGAAGUCCUCAGAAACAUCAUCAGAGACAUCAGGAGAGUGUGAACAGAGCAAAUCAACAGAGGGUGAUGUUCAACUACGUGCUCACAGCCCACCUGCAACCCACACUGUCACUGACGAGGGAUCCUCAGCUGCAAGCGAAAGUGCUCCACACGCCCCAAAGGGGGACAACAUCAGGCGUCGCUCUGUUCACUUUGGUGUGGUGGAGAGAGAUGACGGUGGACCUCCAGUACGCCUGUGUCCAGAGACUGAAUCCAAAGCAGAAGAUGAGGCUCCUGAGGAUGAGGACCUUCCUGGUUCAGUGCCUGCCAAUAGAAGAGUAGGAAUUCUUCAGAACAAGGACGAUGAGGUCCAAAGGCAAGAAGAAGAUCGGCUGAAACAUUUAGAGUUUGAAAAAAGAAGGAAAGCAGAGGAAAGCUUAAAGGAAAAGGAAAGACUAAUGUUAGAGGAGGAGAAGAAACAAAAAGAAGAAGAAGAAGAAGAAAAGGCCAGGCUGAGAGAGGAGGAGAUGGAAAGGGAAAAACAGAUGGAGUUGAUGUGGCAGAGACAGAGAGAAGAGGAAAGAGAGAGGGCGAAGCAGAAGGAAGAGAUACUUAAACAAGACCAGGAGGAGAGAGAGAAGGAGAGACUGAAAGAGGAGAAGAGGAAAGAGGAGAGAUUGAGGGAGGAAAAAGAAAAACAGAGGCUGAGAGAGGAGGAGAAAUUGAUUCAUGACAACGAGGAGCACAAAUUGGAGGGAAAACUGAGAGAGGAGGAAAUUACUGAAGAUAAGCAGAGAGAGGAAGAUUUGGAAAAAGAGGGGCUGAACAAAACAGAGGAAUUGAGGAGAGGAGAGGAUGAAGAGAAGAAGAAAGAGGAAGAGUUGGAGUUGAUGUGGCAGAGACAGAAAGAGGAAGAUGGAGAGAGGGCGAGGCAGAAAGAGGAGAGACUCAGACAAGAGGAGAUGGAGAAAGUAAGAUUGAGAGAGGAGGAGAGGCGGAAAGAAGAAGAGAGGAUGAGGGAAAGACAGAGAGAGGUGGAGGAGGAGGAGAGAAUGAGAAUGGAGCUUGAGAGGAAAAGGCAGCAAGAAAAAGAAGAGAUGGAGAAAAUGAGGCAAAUAGAAAUGGAGAGACAGAGAGAGAUGGAGAGAAAGAGACAGAUAGAGAAAGAAAGAGCAGAAGAGCUGGAGAGAAAACGUCAAGAAGAAUUGGAAAGAAAGCGAGCGGAAGAACUGGAAGAAAAACUAAGAAUGGAGAGAGAAAGGGAGGAACUUAUGUUGACCAAUUUGCAAAAGGAGGAAGACGGGGAACGAGAGAUGUCAGUGGACGAGCCAGAGCUAAAUUUAAUCAGCUUUGACUCUGAACCUCAAACCCCUUCAGGACAAACCUAUGAGCUCACAGAGAGUCAAAUGGAAGUUGUCUAUGAUGACUUCUCUGUCAGAAACCCGCAUCACGAGGUGGAUUUUGACGAUUUUUCAGUCAAACCAAAGAGAUGGGGCUCACGGGCUAAAAUAGAGACUAGUCCUGUCCAGUCCACCUCUUUGUACUCUCGGGAUGAAGAGAUGGAAGCGCUGGUGCCCCUGGAAGUCAAAACUCAGGAAAGGAAUGUACCAGAGCAGCUGGAAAAACCAGACAGCCCAGGGUCUACACCAGCCCAGGAGAAUCCAGAGGAGGAGGAGGAGAAGGAGAUGGAGAAGGAGGAAGAGGUGGAGACAAAUAGAGAUGAAGGGGAAGAAGAUGACAAGCAGGAGGUACAUUCCCAUGGUGACCCUACUACCAGGACGACCAGCUGUGUGAGCCUUUCAACCAUGCAGUACUUUGGAGGGAAACUGUCAGCCGCCCAGCUGCAGGUGGCGGGUUGGGUGGGCAGCGUACGACGCUCCUUGCAAGGAGCUCUGCAGCUGGUCUGGGGCAACGCAGAAGAGAGGCAGGAAGAGGAAGAUGAAGAUAAAGAGGAAGAAGAAAGUGGAGAUGGAGAGGGAAGGUUUCAGAGAGCCAUGUCGCCACUUCGUAGCUUCGCCAGACGUAGCAGGAGAUCCCUGGGCCGUCUCUCCCUCAGAAGCCGGCAGACUCUGCACAGGAGAGCCACUCAAACCUGCUCAACUCAACUUAACAGUUAUCGUACAGGCGGUGAAGACAAAGACACUGAUGCUUUGAUAGACGGUGAGCCAGACCAACAGAAUGGGGCCUGUGAACCGACAUCUGAAUCUGACAGUCCAAAGCCUGCCGCUGACCAACUUCCUGAGGUCUCCUCUGAAGAUGUUGAUAUCAGUGAUUUUCAAAGAGAACCAGAGCUGUCUCCAUUCCCUGAGAGCACCACUCCUCUGCUCGACACCAGUGCGCAGAAGUCCAAGGCAGAUCUGGGUAAGAGGCGAAUUCGAACACGUCCGUCACGCUCACUCCAUGCAGGAUUGACUCAAACGGACGGUCAGGACUGGAAGUUCCGUGACUCGACAGUUGAAAAGGAGAUACCUUCCAAGCGAAGGGAGUCAGACUCUGAGGAGGAACAGCCUAAACAGAAGAUGGUCUGUUCUCCUCCUCCCACCUCUCAGAGAGUCCCCAUAUUUCCUGGCUUGAACCCUGCAGCCCUAAUUGCUCAGAUAAAAAAAAGAACAAGUGGAGGAGGAACUGGAGGAGGAGAAGAAACAGAAGACAAGGGCAGACAAGAAAGGGAAAGUCCAAAUGAGGAGUUAUCACCAUCUCCCUCACAAUUGUCCCGCUCUCCUCGCUCUGCUGCACAUCUUGCAGGCGCCGCACGAGUGCUGCCGCCCAUAGGCGGCACGGAUGGAGGUGCCAUCUCCUCUCCCGCUUGGCUGAAAGAACUGAAGUCUAAGAAGCGUCUCAGUCAACAUGAAGGUGAAGCGUAGCCCAAGAGCCGUUGUGCUGUUGCUCUUGAGCAAGAAUCAAUCAAUCUCAGAUAUUGCUGCUGACAGACACCUUGCCAUGAUUGCUCCAUUUUGCACUUUGAGUGCCUUAUUUUGGACCUUUACUGAGAUAUGUAGAAGGGGAAUUCAGGCUUUCGUUGAACAUAGAGGACAUCAAGUACUUUUCAUCUUGUAAAUGGAAAAUGGUGCCAAGGCUAUGUGCCAAGACUGUGAUGUGUUUAUGCCAAGUAAAUGUUUUAUCAACUGUUGUAUAGAGGCUCAAUGGAGGCUGAAUGCCCUAAUGUAAUGUAGAACAAAGCCAUGGAUUGUCUUAGUGUUUCAUUGCUUUGUUUGGCUGUGUAAGUCCAUCAUUUACUGACAGGGACUGAUGACACUAGGCCUUCAGCUGGGUAUCUGCCUUUACACACACUCAAACACACACAUAUGUACAGGAAAUACUGAAUAUGGAUUUCACCUUGUGUGUGUUUAGUUUAAAUUGUACAAAAUGCCUUUUACAUUAUUUUACCAAUCACAGAUCGUCUCAAGUAAACCUACCUAGCACUUUAAGAAAAUGAUAAUUAUUAAUUAAGAAUCAUUACCCCCAAAAAUGGAGUAAUGAUUCUAAUUAACAAAAAACUUAGUUUUGUACUGCUUGGUGAAUUUAAGGACAAAGGGAGGAUAAUUUGUAUAGAUGCCCUUAUUAACAGGGUGAAAGUGGUAGUUUGUAAUAUAAAUGCACCUAAUAAGGAAGAUCCUGACUUAUCAAUGAGCUGAACAAAAUUUAGGGCACAAAAGAAGGAUAAAUUAUUUUGGCAGGAGAUUUUAAUCAAGGGAUGGACCCUGUUAUUGAUAAAAGCAAAUUUCAGACAUUACUGGUACUGAGGGAUAGGGCUACCAUACGUACGCUCACAGAUGAUUUAGGUCUGGUGGAUAUAUGGAUAUAUUUUCUCACUGACAUAAAUCCUACUCUAGAGUAGAUUUCUUUCUCCCAUCCAAAUCCAUUAUUGAACAGGUGAUAGACUGUAAAACUGGCCCAAUAGCACUAUCUGAUCAUGCACCAGUUGAAACUCAAAUUGACAGGAAGGAGGGAUAGAUGGGAAUGAACACUAUACUUUUAAACUAUGAGGUGCUCAGUGAAAAGUUGGCUGAGGACCUGACUAUGUUUUUCAAAUUAAAUGUAGGGAUCACAGAGGAGUUGUCUUCGGUAUGGCAGGCAUCCAAGGCAUAUAUGAAAAGAAAAUUAAUUGUACAAACAUCUAAAAGGAAAAAAGAAUGUAUGGGCCAAAUAACAAAGUUGGAAGCGGAAGUAACCACAUUGGAAAAGGUCCUAUCAAGACCAUAUACAGGUGAUAUAUAUAAAGAUUUGUACAAUCAGAAGUUUAAAUUAAAUAAUGUAUAUAACAAAAAAGCAGAAAAUGCAUUAUUUAGAUUAAGAAGAAAUUUCUACAAUGGGGUCGACAAAGCUGGCAAGCUAUUGGCACUACAAUUAAAAUAAUAGGCCAUGAAUAGCAUUAUAACUAAUUAAGAAGGGGGAUGCAUUAGUAUCAUCACCUAAAUUCUAUGAACAUUUAUAUACGUCACCGUCAAGCCAUGAUCAGCAGAAGCUGAAUCAGUUUUUUUCUAUACAUAAAAUUGUAGAAAUUAUCUCAACAACAAGUAGAAUCCUUGGAUGCACCAAUUACUGAAGACGAAGUUAGAUGAGCCAUUCCAACUAUGAAAAUGGGAAAGUCUCUAGAUGUGGACAGUUUUCCCAUUGAAUAUUAUAAAACAUAUUGGCUCCUAUCUUGACAAAAGUUAAUCUGGAAGCAUUUAAUUUGGAGUCUUUGCCUAAUAUCUUUAAUGACGCACUAAUAUCAUUAAUUCUAAAAAAAAAAAAAAAGAGAGAGAGAGAGAGAGAGAUGCAGUGGAUCCCUUAAAUUAUAGACCUAUAAGCUUAAUUAAUGUGGACUGUAUAAUACUGGCUAAAGUAUUAGCUUCAUGAUUAGAGAAAGUGUUGCCAUCUAUAAUUAAUACUGACCAAGUUGGCUUCAUCAAAGGAAGGUCCUCAGCUGACAAUUUAAGGAGAUUACUACAUUUAAUAUGGUAGAACUCCUCAGAGUAGUGUCCCAGUCACUGCCAUCUCCCUGGAUGCCGAAAAGGCUCUCGACAGGGUAGAAUGGAGAUUGCUAUGUACGGCUCAGUCAUUCUUUGGGUUUGGCUCUGUCUUUUCAUCAUGGAUCAGUACUGUGUAUAAAAACCCUAAGGCUGCUGUUCCUACAAAUGGCAUAAUUUUCUCAUCCUUCAACAUCUCACAAGGAACACGCCAAGGUUGCCCCCUCUCUCCGUUGUUAUUCACAACUUUCUUGGAACCUUUGACAAUCAUGAUUAGAGCAGAUCCAAAUAUUAGAGGGGUGGAGGGAGCUGGAAAGGAAAAUGAGCUGAUGCUUUAUGCUGAUGAUAUUUUAUUACUUAUUAGCAACCCCUCCAACUCUCUACCCACAUUAAUGAACACUAUCCAGUUAUAUUCUGAGUUGCAUGAUUACAAAAUCAACUGCAGUAAAUCUGAGGCUAUGCCAUUGUCAAAAUCUUGUGAUUCAAAUCCAGUGUCUCAGUUAAAGUUUAAAUGGUUGCCAGAUGGAAUGAAGUAUCCAGGGCUUAAAGUCAGUCUGAAUCUGGAUGAAAUAAUUACCUUAAAUUAUGACCCACUACUGGGCAAACUAAAAAAAUAAUCUGGAUAAAUGGGGAGGACUGAGACUUUGGGGUAAAGUGAAUGUAGUCAAAAUGGUUGUAGCUCCUCAGUUUAAUUAUCUCUCUAUGCUGCUUCCUUUAAAGAUCUCUGAUUUGAUUCAUAAGCAGCACAACAAUUUUCUAUGGGAUAAGAGUAUGGGCAGAGACAAAGGAGGACUGGGUUUACCAGAUGUGAGGUCGUAUAAUCUAUCUUUCAAUACAACCAAACUGGGUAACUAUAGAACAAAGCCUGGUUGCACCAUAUUACCAUUCUUUCACAACAAGUGGAAAAUAAAAAUCUAAAUCCCAUACUGUCUUACUCAAGGAGUGUGUGGAGUUAAAUCCAUAAAGCUUGUAGAAUGUGGCAUUUAAACCAGUCAUAGUCCUCCCUCUGGAAUAACCCUAAAAUACACAUUGGGAAAAGAGUGGUGUACUGGAAAGUAAAGGGAAUUUCUGGAAAUAUUUACAAAUGAGACACUGUAUUUGUCAGUAUAUUCAAGAACAGUGAACCACUAAGUAACCCUUUAACUGAAUACUUCACGUUACCUCAUGAUGUUCAUAAAACUUCAGUGUUUUACAAAGUGUUCAAACACUCCAUGGGUGAUUCCUAUAAUAAGUAAUAUGGCAAAAGGACCCUGCAACUUAUAUUGAAGACAAUGAAUGGUCAGAUAUUAUAACAAAUGUAGGAAAAAACAUCAAAGAAGCUAGAGGGAAAUGUAUUCAAUAUAAAAUAGUGCACAGAUAUUGCUGGACACCAGCUAGACUUCACAAAAUGGGAACUGCUGAUAACAAUCAAUGCUGGAAGUGUAAGAGCAAACUGGGCACAUAUUUGCACAUGAUCUGUUCCAUGGUUCACCCAUUCUGGUGUAAAACCUCAGAGAUAUUGGGGAAUUGGUUGGUUUCCACUCUGCCUCUUCACCCACUGUUUUGUCUCCUUGGCGACAAGACAAUGAUACCUAAUAUAAUGAAUAACAAAGUCAAUAUUUUAAAAGUUGGUCUUAUAACAGCUUCAAGACUUAUACUGCAAAAUUGGAAGAGCCCUAGGUGUCUGGCUGUGAAGGAAUGGAUUGAUGAAAUGAUUAAGAUUUCAUCAUAUGUUGGGAAAAAUUAAUUGGGGGGGGGAACAGAGACAUGAGUUCCAUUUUGGUUGCAUGUUAAACUGACUUUACAAUAGAAUGUAAAUACGUUAAUUAAUGACGGUACAUGUUUUGUGUCCAUGGUUUUAUUUUAUGUUGAGGGGAUGUUCUGUGUAAAUGUCCUGUACUGUAUCUGCUCUAUGAUAUGCUGCACUGCUCCAAAAAAAUAGAUAAAAAUUUGAAUUAUAAAAAAAAAGAAAAAUUAUAAAUAAUUACCGUCCAUACAGUAAAUCUAAGCAAUAGCAUGACCAAGUACCUAACUGUAAUAACAGGGUCAAAGGAAAUGUUUAUUUUUGCUACACAAUUGAUGUCUGUGUUCUCCUUUAAAUAAGAUGUAACAAAACUUAAAGAUGUACUCCCUAAUUUUAUAAAAAUGCCCAAUAGCUGGCCUUGUUACUAUAUCAACGAUGAGCUGGGAGAAAAUUUAAGGAUGUUUGGAUGAUAUGACAGAAUCUGGGAUGUGUGUUUUGUAAAAUCCCCAAAAAAGUGUUAAUCUGCUUGAAAUUAUUUUAAGUGCCUUUGUUUUUAAUGGUAAAAAAUAACCUUUGUCAUUGCUGUAAUCAUUGAUCAUCAAUAUAUGUGUGAUAAGAGGAAAUUUGGGGAAUUUUAUUAAAACUUUUUCUAUGAAAUGCAA